AUGAACGCCCCAAACCUUCUGACGAUACCCAUUGAGUUGCGCGAACUCAUAUACGGCUUCCUCUUCAGCAGUUAUACCAUCCGACAUGGCUUUAAACAUGCCGGUGCCCCUAGCGACGACGCAGAGCCUUCUAAUCGCAUAGCGCUCCUGCUCAGCUGUCGCCAGGUCUUCGCCGAGGCGCAUCGCCAUCUUCCACUCAACUGCACUCUACAUUUCCGCGGCACAGAGAAUCUACUCGAAACACUCCUCUCUGUUGAUCAGAGCGUAGUGACGCGACUCCGCCACGUUCGAGUUCGUGCGUAUCCUUUCCCGUUGUACUCCUCAGGGAGCGCGCAGUACUACCCUACAUACUAUGCAGCGAAUGCCUUCACUCUGCUCCCUGGUCUUUGUCUGGAUACCUUGGUUGUAGAGGAUUGCUGGCAUGGUUUCGGUCUGGGUGAUGCUUGGCGAGAUGUCACAACUUACUUCGACAUCGAGACUCUUCUGAACAGCGACGCUUGGAAAGAACUGACGUACAUAACACCAUGUACCGAUUUCAUUGCCUCGGGCUACGACCACCGGCGCAAACGGUCAGCGCAACCCGAGAACUGGGAUGCGCUUAUCAAAGAACGCGAUGGAGAGGAGUACGGCGCAGAGGUCAAGAUGUACAUCGUUCCUUAUGCGCAGCACACGGCGACUGGGGACGAGAAGACAGAAGACGGGCGCAUAAUGCAGCCAUGGGCAGCGAAGCCAGGCCACGAAGUCAACGAGAAUUGGCGCAUCGCGGGACCGGAGCAGGACAUGAAGGGCGAGGUGAGGAUUAUCGCAAAGAGAGGUAAGAGAUCGAGAGCUGUACAGCUUGGGCUUGCCGGAAAGAGGACCUGGGAAGAGUUGAAAGGAAAAGAAGCCGGCGGCUUUGCUCCUGAAGGAUGGAUACCAUACCACAAUGACAUGGCCGAUGCAGUUGGUUGGAUAUAUGGGGGUCACGGGAGGAGGAUGCAACUCGCAAACGCUGCCUUACACAGCUGA